AUGCAUCGCCCCUCCUUCCUCCUCGCCCUCACUGGCGCUGGUCUCGCCUCAGCGCAGGGCUUCUCCUCCGAAUGCACCGACAUCUCCCUCACCGAUAACUGGCUCGUCGCGACCUGUCCGACUGGCAGCGGCUCCUCGAUCACCAGCAGCGUCUUCCUGAAUAACAAGAUCGUGAACAAUAAUGGGAACCUCGAGUGGGUUGAGAACGGGCGCUUCCUCGGUUCCUGCGUCGACUGCGCCGUCUCCUCCGGCGUCCUAUCCUGCACAUGUCGCGGGAACUUCAACCCUAACGUCGCGGCGUCGCUGAACCUAGAGGAACACAUCUCCAACUACGCCGGCCACCUCCUCUCCAACCAAACCGGUCCCAUCACUACAAUCCCACCGGAUUCCUCCGUCCCCGUACCCAGCAGCUUCGAUCUAUCCCUCUCCCUCGUCGCCCCCUUCCUCGGCACGGACUGCUCAAGGGCCGGUGCAAUUCUCGGGCUGAAUAACCCGCAGCCCUGCUACUAUAUUAACCCCGGCGGUGUCGGGACCGUGCAGUACUCUGCGGGCAUUCAGAGCGGGAAUCAGGGGUGGGAGAUUGUGGCGUAUGAGGAUCCGGAGUGUACGAGUGAGCCGGUUUAUACGUUCACCGCUGGGGAUGAGGGCGUUUGUGUGGCCUUUCAGCCGUAUGCGGCGGCGUUUGGGGUGCGGCCGUUGUGGAAUGCGGAUUAUUAG